UAUCUAUAGAGUUUGUUGAAUGUUCUUGUGAUAUUCAGGUUCUAUGGUUCUUAAGAUGCUCGUCUAUGGGUUACGUUUUUUCGUUCUUAUUUCGCUCGGGUAAUAAAAAAAAAUUAUAAGGGAGACGUAUAUACAUUAUUAUCUUACUUUACUUUACCUCUACGCUAACUAUUUAUUAUCAAUUUUACAAAAAAAUGCCCGAAUUUGAAACGCCUCACUUGUAAUGGGACGGAUGGAGUAUUAGAUUACCAGGACUAAGAUCUUCAAACCUUCUACAUAGAAAUUAUCGUAUUAAUUACUAUCUCAAGUUAUAUUCGAAUAAUGAAGCGUCAAAUGUACCCUUAAAAUAUCUCUCAAAUUUAUCCCUCUUUUGUUUUAAAAGGGUUUUCAAUGUAAAUGUGUUGGUGUGUGUCUUAAAAAGUUUUUUUUUUUCGAAGAAAACCCUUAUUCUUGGUAAAGCCUAUGUUGUCUGUAGCUCCAAUACCUUCGCAUUGCAUGUGUAUGUGUUCCGAUUUAUGUCCUUUUGUGGUUAUUGCCGAUUUUACUGUGGUGAAUAUUGGAUUUUUGUGGCACUAUAAGUAAGAAUCGACAAUGUAGAAAGCAUUUGUCGAGAUUGACUCUUUUCUUUUUGUUUUUGCCUAAAACAGAGAUAUCCGAACUAAAUUGGACAAGUUGUUCAUCCUGUGUUGACGAUUUGCAAGUUCUUGUGUCUUCUUAGCAUGUUAGGCGGGUAAGGGAUUUGCAAGUUCCUUGAGAUUAAUUGUUGAAUUCAGGAACUUAGAUAAUGGAGGCAGCUCCGCAGCCACAGUCUUUGCAAGUUACUAUCAUAUUUGAAAGAGACAAGAAUGUGAGUGAAUCUUCAACUACCGUUGAUCGCGUGAAUAAUGCUGAAGGAGAUCGCAAUGUAUCAAAUCCUUCCGUUCCCCCGGGGACCCUGACUACAUUUCCUGAUGACAUUGUGGACUUGUGUUCUGAUGAAGAUGUUGAAAAUCACGAAACAGCCAAUGAAGGAAAUAAAACAUCUGAAAGUUCUCAAUAUCAGUUGGUGCUAUAUGAUCCGGCCAUCAACGGUGGCAGUAAUGUCAAAGAUGCACCAGGUGGUCCAGGUCCCGUUAGUUGUCCGUCUCGUCCAAAGAAACCACACCCAUUUUCUGACCGGACCCCGAGGGUUUUGCCAUCGGUAGGGAUCUUCGCUGUUCAGUGUGCCAGCUGUUUCAAAUGGAGGCUCGUUCCAACGAAAGAAAAGUACGAGGAAAUACGGGAGCAUCUUUCACAGCGCCCUUUCUUCUGUGACACAGCUCGUGAAUGGCGUCCAGACGUCUCGUGUGAUGAUCCUCCGGAUAUAACACAAGAUGGCAGUAGAAUUUGGGCAAUCGACAAGCCUAACAUUGCUCAACCCCCUACUGGUUGGAAAAGGCUUUUAAGAAUCAGAGGUGAAGGAAGCGUCAGGUUUGCUGAUGUGCACUAUGUUGCACCUUCGGGUAAGAGUUUACGUUCUAUGUUAGAUAUUCAAAGGUACCUAGAUAAACAUCCAGAGUACAUGACCGAAGAGGUCAGCCUAUCGAGGUUUUCCUUCCAAAUCCCAAAACCAUUACAAAAAAACUAUGUGAGGAAGCGACCUGUCCGUCCUGCUUUCUGUAACGAUGCUGGUGAUCCUGGAACACAACAAUAUCUUCCACCAUCAGAAGGUGUUCGUCAACCUGCACGCAUAACUUGGGUGAGUACGGAUGGGGACACGGACUCACAGCCGAGCAGUCCAGCACUUGCUUACAAUUACCAUUUGGAGGCACCGGCUUCAAAUCCCGAAAGCAGUCAACCUGCAAAGAGGCGGAGAAUACCACCCCCAAUGAGGUAUGCUGAUGAUUUAGUACCUACCACAUUGAUGCCAGUGUGGAAGAGCCUCACCACCUCUGAUUUCGUAGUUUUUUGAUGAUCGAAAACUAGCUGAUCCUGAUUUUGCUAGCUCGUGGGUUUCGAUAUAUAGUCUAUUUUGAAUGCAUACACAAGGUCAGAUCAAAGUGCAAGAAAAGCCUAGUUUUUGUGUAGCUGCUAUUUUGAAUGCAUACACAAGGUCUGGUCAAAGUGCAAGAAGAGCUAUGUUUUGACUACUAUUUUGCACUUGAUGUUGUAGUCAACUUUUUUGUUGAGUAGAAUACUGAAAUUGAAAAGAAUGUGAUAUUGGUAUUAUGCCUUUUGAAAA